GAGAGAGAGAUCAGGCGCAUAAUAUAUGUCCUAACAGGGCUGGCACAUAUAUACGUAGUUUCAGGCUUUUCUAUGUCUGGCUCCUCCAAAUAAAAAUCUCCACCUCUCUUUCUCUCUCCAAAAUCAACAGUUUGUGCCCUCGCUUCUCAUGGCUUUCCCUGCUUUUUAAGGGACACUCCUUUCAAUUUCUCAAAGGGUUCAGAGAUUGAUUGAAGAUUUGCGGCAUUUCAAUCGACAUUAAAAUCAAUAUCAUAAAGGAUACAAACCCAGGACUUUUCAACUCAGGGAUUUAUAGAUACUUGUGGUUUUCUUAGCGAUUAGGGUUUGAAAUCUGCACAGAUCCUUUGAUUCCGAGUUGGUUUCUCUUCUCAUCAUGGAUUAUGGAAAUGAAUCCAUAUUCCAUGACAAAUCCGGCCAGACAGUCAUCGAAAUCCAGGCAAAUUCAGACUGUUGGAUCCCAGGCGUAAAUGACCAAGGAAUUUGGGCAACUGAUGAUGAUUACGGAGCCUGGAAUGGAGAUCAAGACACCAUCUCAAACCCUAAUUUCUCUGAACCCCCCCAGAAAAGGUCCAGAAACCCAAAUACUGAUCCUCAAAACAAUGGCUUUAUCAGAGAUCGAAACCCCAAUUUCAGUAAUAAUCAAGGGAACAAUGUUGCAGAGUUCACCUCUCUAAACCGAUCGAAAGUGAUAGGGAAAAUGUUCUUCAAAACCAAAUUGUGCUGCAAAUUUAGGGCAGGGACCUGCCCUUACAUAACCAACUGUAACUUUGCUCACGGAAUUGAAGAGCUUAGGAAACCACCACCAAAUUGGCAAGAGAUUGUAGCAGCUCAAGAAGACGAUAGAACCCAAAUUAUAGAGAGAGAAGAACACCAAAUCCCAUCGAUUAGUUCCACUGGUUUAGGUGGAGAGUCCCAAAGGUCUUACAAGGGGAGACACUGCAAAAAAUUUUACACAGAGGAGGGAUGUCCUUACGGUGAUAUGUGCACUUUCCUCCAUGAUGAGCAAUCAAAAGCUCGAGAGAGCGUGGCCAUAAGCUUGGGGCCGACUGGUAAUGGAGGUGGUUAUGGUGGGGGUGGAGGAAAUGGGUCGAACCAGAAGCCUUCGAAUUGGAAGACAAGGAUUUGUAACAAGUGGGAAACGACCGGGUAUUGCCCCUUUGGGAGCAAGUGCCAUUUUGCUCAUGGUUUGGGAGAGCUUCACAGAUAUGGCGGGGGCCUAGUGGAGAUGGAGGGCCGAGAUUCCUCAACUGUCCCUUCUGAUUCAAAGAUAAACACUGCCUCUUCAAAGGUUCAGACUGAUGCAGUUACCGGUUCCAUGGCUUCAAUUCCUCAUAUGGAUACUUACCAUGUUGGUCUCCAAAGCCAGAGAUCAGUGAGCUCAUUAAACCAGAGACAAGGCCUCAAACCCUUUCAAAAAUGGAAGGGGCCUGAUAAAAUCAGUCGUAUUUAUGGGGACUGGAUCGAUGACAAUGAAUGGGAGUCUUCUCGAUAGAAUUUAUUUUCAAUGGAACAGUGAUGAAAACGGUAGAGUGAAAGAAAAGUAGAAUACUUAUGUUUACAGUAGAGAGAGAGAGAAAAAGAAUAUUUAUGUUUACAGGUAUGGGAUGGUUUACUAUGGAGGAACCAAAAAAGUAUGGUCAUUUUUUGAUCAAAUUUACUUGAAGAGUAGAAAGAGAGAGAGGAGUUAUAUGAGGAUUAAAAACCCAAAAAUUUCGUUAUUUAUCGAUCAAAUUGAUCAAAGGUUGAGAGGAUGAAGAAGAAAGCACACAGGAUGAGUUUCAGACCAUGGCUGAAAGGUUGCAGAAAGAAGGAUUAUGGGUCACUGUUGGUAGUAUAUUUUGGCAAUUUAAUGGAAGAUCACCUUCAUUGAUUAGCUGUGUGUGUGAGAGAGAGUUAAUGAAAGUGAGAUGGAGCAUUGCUUUUUUAAUCGAAUGCACUAAAAUAAGCGGGCAGUGUAUAUUGUGGAGUAGAGAGAAAAUAUCUUUCCUGUUUUUGUUACUGUCAUUUAUGGGAACACCAUAAAUAUAGGCGACUGGUGGCAUUUUCA